UUUACCAUAGUAACAUAGCUAAACACAAACGUAUUCAUACAGGAGAGAUGCUCUCUCAUUGUGACAUCUGUAAUAAGUCCUUUUCUCAAAAAAGUAAUCUAUAUUCUCACAAACGUAUUCAUACAGGGGAGAAGCCAUAUUACUGUGAUAUCUGUGGUCAAUCAUUCUCUCAAAGUAGUAAAUUAACUCCACACAAACGAAUUCAUUCUGGAGAGAAGCCAUAUCAUUGUGAUAUCUGUGGUAAAUCUUUCUCUGUAAAUAAUACUUUAAUUGUACACAUGCGUGUUCAUACAAAAGAGAAGCCAUAUCAUUGUGAUAUCUGUGGCACAUCAUUUUCUCAGAGUAGUCACUUAACAACUCAUAGACGUAUUCAUACAGGAGAGAAGCCAUAUCAGUGUGUUGUCUGUGGUAGACUAUUCUCUCACAGUAAUCACUUAACUAAACACAAACGUAUUCAUACAGGAGAGAUGCCGUAUCACUGUGAUAUCUGUGGUAAAUCAUUCUCGCAAAAUAGUACCUUAAUUUCACACAGACGUAUUCAUACAGGAGAGAAACCAUUUCACUGUGAUAUCUGUGAUAAAUCAUUCACUAAACGUAGUGCUUUAACUGCACACAAACAUAUUCAUUCAAGAGAAAAACCAUAUCAGUGUGAUAUCUGUGGUAAAUCAUUCUCUCAAAAUGGUAACUUAGCUCAACACAAAUUUUUUCAUACAGGAGAAAAACCCUAUCACUGUGAUGUCUGUGGUAAAUUGUUCUCCAACAGUAGUCACUUAACUAGACACAAAUUUAUUCACACAGGAGAAAUGCCAUAUCAAUGUGAUAUUUGUAGUAAAUCAUUCUCUCAAAAUAGUACCUUAACUUCACACAGACGUAUUCAUACAAAGGAUAAGCCAUAUCACUGUGAAAUCUGUGGUAAAUUAUUCUCUCAAAAUAGUGACUUGACUAAACACAAUCGUAUUCAUACAGGAGAGAAGCCAUAUCACUGUGAUAUCUGUGGUAAAUUGUUCUCCAACAGUAGUCACUUAACUAGACACAAACGUAUUCACACAGGAGAAAUGCCAUAUCGAUGCAAUAUUUGUAGUAAAUCAUUCUCUCAAAAUAGUCACUUAACUGUACACACACGUAUUCAUACAGGAGAAAAACCAUAUCACUGUGAUAUCUGUGGUAAAUCAUUCUCUCAAAAUAGUAGCUUAACGAAACACAAAUGUAUACAUACAGGAGAGAAGCCACAUUCCUAUGGAUAUGUUAACCUCUUAACAUACACAUUUUGUUUUUCAAUUUCCAUGCAAAAAAAUAUAUAUUUUUUAUUAUUUAUUUUGAAUCUGUACAUAAUGAAAAAUAAGUACACAAAUUGUUUCGGUUCAGUUAUGAUUUAUGAUGAAGUUACUGAUAGUUAAUGACAGUAAACAGGAAUAACAUCCUGAACAAAGUAUUUCAGGUUAGAAAUAAGUGACAUAUGCCUCGGAGUACAGUGAACGUAUAUUUUUGUUCAAAUGUAUAUUUACCAGACAUCUCUGGAUGAAAAUAUAUGGGUUAAUAUGUUAAGAGGUUAAAUCAUUCAUUGAAAGUAGUAAAUUAUCUGCAGACAAAUGUGUUCAUA